AUGCGCCCCGCGAAAAGAACAACACCCGCCCGCCCCCUCCCGCCAAAACAAGCACACAAAGCUCAGAAAGGCGGGUGUGUGCGUGUCAAGAUAGAGGGGUGUCCCAAAAAUUUGGCACCCUCAAAAAAACCGCCCACCCACCCACACCGACCCACCCACCCACCUUUCGCCCACCCACCUUUCGCCCACUCCAGGAAGCGCAUCGAGGGCGGGCGCGCCGUCUUCGACGUGACGCUGCCCAAGCCUCUGGGCAUCACCCCCAGAAACUUCCCCAACCGACCUGGCGUGGGCAUCGCCGGCAUCAAGCCAGGCGCGACGCCCGACUUGUACAACAAGAAAGUCUUGCUGCAAGAUGCGCCUGGGAUGUUUGUGCUGGAGGGGGACGAGGUGGUGGCAGUCAAUGGCACUCUUUGCGAAGGUCAGGACUUGCAGAACGUGUCGCAGCUGGUCAAGGAGUCAGAAGGCGACACGCUGACUCUGAAGCUGGUGCGGAACUACCUCACUGGACCCGUGAAAAUUAUUUGGAAGCCAUCUUUGAAGAUGGCCACCUACAAGAGAGGCGCCAUCCUCCGAGCGUGUGAGGAGACCUUGGGGGCGAACGUGCGCUACUCCUGCGAGGAUGGCUGGUGCAGUUCCUGUUGGCACGCGGAGGAGCACUACAUGACAGUCUAUCGAAUUUGUAAGAUGAGUGUGCCCGAUAAGUGGGACAACAUCAUGCCCUUCGUGCUGUUGAGCGCCCUCGAGGUAAAGAACACCAAGGGCACCUUGGUUGGAGAGCUGGGGCCAGCUGGGGAUAUCAAUUCUUUAUAA